AUUGUAUAUGACAUUCCGUAUACCUGGGACGUUAAGAAAAUCUUAGGAGAAUUAACGUUAUGGGUCAUACUAUUAAGCUGUCAGUAAAACGGCAGCACAAAUAUCAGACUCUUAGAGUCAAAAUAGGUUUGAACUCAUUUACCCUUCCCCAAUUCAACAAGUUUUGGAUGACUGACCUGGGAGGUAUACCGGUGAGAUGGUUUCCCGCAAGUUGGACUUUACGAGAAAGAAAACAACGUGAAAAGUUCCAANACAAGUUUUGGAUGACUGACCUGGGAGGUAUACCGCACAAGCCGAAGGCUCAAAAUACUCUAAACAAGAAGUCUGGAAAUACUGGACACAGUUCGAACAGUAAUCAGCCUAAGAAGAAGGAUAAGAAAUCCUCGAUCAAGACUGCUAAAGAUGAUAUGUUAACACUGAGAUUUUAG